GUACGUACGGUACAUAUGUACUGUACGUACUUUAUGGUAAGAGUAAACUUUUUUGAAUGACAAAUUUGACAAAUCCGACCGCAGGAAGUUCCAGUAUUUGAACGGCAGCAACUGCGCAAAAGUAACUGGUACGUACGGUACUUUGUACUGUUGCGUGAAACCGAGCACGACAAAUUGGAGAGACUGGACCAUUAUAAAAAGGCAACAUCGACCAUGGCUUCGACACCACAACCCUCCAGCAACGAGGAAGAGAAACUUCUGGGUCCAAAUUCCUCUCCCUCUUCCAGUGACAACAACAAGAACAACAACUAUGGAGCAGCAGCAACCGCGGCAACCCUGCUAGGUUCGUCMCCAAACCCAACGAGAAAUUCCUGCUGCGACGAGAACGGAAACUGCGAGAAUGCACCGAGCCGAAAGCGGGCCUUCCCGGGUACUGCGAGCUCUKCCGCGAGCAGUUCCUCCACCAACAAUCUCGUUCGCUUUUUCGGUGACUUGUUCCAGACGCAGAAUUCCCGCACGUCAGUGGCGGCCUGUUGCGCAAGCGGGACCUGCGUUUACACACAGAAAUUCUUGUACAGCGGACCGGACAACAACCCCGAGCAACAAAAGCAGCAACUUCCCCGCCGGCCGUCGGAACGGAGCUUGUCRGAGGAGAGCGUCGGCAGCUACAAMWRCCCCUCCACACCAAUCCGGAGCCGGACCAACAGCGCCGAUUCGUCUUCGCUGUCGGGGMAGUCCCCCUCGUCCCUAACACAGCAGCAACUCGGGUCGACCACCCCUCCGCCCCAGAUGGACCCCACCGUCGCUCAGACGAUUGUUCGAUCGACCCUUCACUGCACGGGGAUCUGCUGCUCGUCCGAGGUGCCCGAGCUACUGGAGAUUCUACAACCCACCGAGGGCAUCGCGGAGGUCAAGGUCAACGUCCCACUCAAACAAAUCAUUCUGGACCACGACUGCCGGGUGAUCUCGGCGACCCAGAUCGCAAAGCUCCUGGAAGAGGAGCUCUUCCCGUCCAAGGUAGAGCGGGACGGUGGGGCCUCUCUCCCGAGCUUUGUCCGCUCGACCUUUCACUCCAAGGGAUUGUGCUGCUCGUCGGAGGUCCCCCUCAUCGUUUCCAUCCUCCAGCCCUACGAGGGUGUCUCUGACAUCAAGUUCAACGUCCCGCUGAAGCAAAUCAUCGUGGAGCACAAUUCUAAGGUCAUCUCGGCAGCACAGCUGGCCUCCCUCCUGACCAAAGAGGACUUUCCGACCUCCAUCGUUGCGGACGGUGGAACGAAAACGGUGGGGGUCGAGGGUCGCUCCAAGUUUCACGUUGGGGGGAUCUGCUGUGCCUCGGAAAUUCCGGCCAUCAAGACCAUCCUAGAACCCAAGGRGGGGAUCAAGGGGCUGAUUGUCAACGUGGCGACCAAAAUGGUGAGAAYGCCUUGGGGGUUGAGUGUGCACGGUGUGUGAAUUGUCWUAGAGAARCAAGUUUUCUAACACGUUGCAUUUKUUGCUUGGGCUUCUCAUUCUUUGAAUGCGUGUUUUGAAUUUGCUAAUGUUUGAAUCGACUAGGUAUACGUCGAUCACAGUGCCAACAUCAUCAGCGCGGACWCCAUUGCGGAUUCCCUCAACGACAACGGUUUUGACGCUGUGGUAAAGUACGACUGUUACAAGGAUGCUGGGGGCUUUCUGUCCUCCUUUGUCAUGUCUAAAUUUUCGAUCGAAUCUUCUUCUCCCACAAUGGCAAAGGAUCURAAGACGUACCUYAAAACGUACAACGAGGAUCAUAUAGAGGGAUAUCAACUCGAGAAAAGCUCYAUGAUCAUUUCUAUUAUUCACAAUCCGCUAUUGAUUUCUGCCGAYGAGUUGAGUCGGUCCAUGCUUGAAGCUACGGAGAUCAAGACGAGCGUCGAGAAGGACGGAAAYGAUGGCAAAGUCUGGAACUUUUCGGAGUCAAUCGAAGAGGACGAUGCAUUGGACGAUCCUGCAGAGGAAUUGGRAAAUGGCAUCCAGCCGGCCGUUGCCAUUUGCGGAGUCUUUUGGAUCCUCUCGAUGCUUUCGUAUGUAGGUGGAAGCUGGAGGGUGUUUUCCUACCUCGGCCUGCUGUCGGUCGGGAUCGGAAUCCCACCGAUCGCGAMGAAGGCCUACCGGACAGCCUGCCGMGGAAUGAUUGACACGAAUGUCUUGAUGUUUCUGGCGGUCUUUGGUGCCGUCUGUCUUGGACAAUUCAACGAGGCGGCCGCCGUGACGUUUUUGUUUUCUCUUUCCGAAUGGUUGGAACACCGGGCYACCAGCCGGGCCAAUGCGGCCCUCACCUCGAUUGUCAAGCUCAAACCAGAGCGUGCUAACAUAAUUCAACCCAAAACCAAAGAMCUCGUUGUUGUUCCGGCGACGUCGGURCCUGUGGGAGCCAUGGUCGCCGUCAAGAGCGGGGACAAGAUCCCCUGCGAUGGUAUCAUUGUCGAGGGAAACUCGACGGUGGACGAAUCAUCUCUGACCGGGGAAUCACGCCCCGUGAAGAAGGGUCCCAGGGACGAGGUUUCUGGCGGAACCGUCAACUCCGGAAACACCCAGAUUGUUGUUCAAACCACCCGGACCAGCGAUGAUUCGGCGGUCUCCCGCCUGAUUCGUCUCGUGGAGGAAGCACAGGCCAACCGUUCCGAGACAGAGAAGAUCAUUGAUUCCUUUGCCAAGGUCUAUACUCCGGUCGUGGUAUUGUCGGCGCUCGCCAUGUGCACCAUUUCGUGGUUCUGGGGUCCGGCCGUCGGCCGUGACUGGACCAGCCGCGGACUGUCCCUAGUAGUGAUUGCUUGCCCCUGUGCUCUCGUCAUCUCCACRCCGAUAUCGUACGUCGCUGGACUGGCAGCGACCGCUCAGAACGGGGUGCUGGUCAAGGGUGGAGCCCAUCUCGAAGCCCUCGGCCAGCUCAAGCAUGUCUGUUUCGAUAAAACGGGCACGCUCACGGUUGGCGAGUUCAAGCUACUGAAGCUCRGCAUGAUCGGAUCAAAACUGGGACGACAAGAAGUCCUUCAGAACCUUGCUCUUAUGGAAGAACGAGCAACUCACCCAUUGGCAAAGUCACUGGUGGACGGCAUCAAAGCCGAGGGAGUUACUGUCCCCCCUACGCUUGUCGUAAAGGAUCAUACCGUGUUGGCAGGUGAAGGUGYGGAAGGAACCGUCAACGGAAAGAAAGUUUAUGUUGGAAACGAGAGGCUGUUUCGACGUCUAGGGAUCUUUGAUACUAUCCCUCUGGCCCAGAAAGAKAAAAUCGAAUCGUGGGAAGCGACUGGUGGUACGGUAGGUUUUAUGAGCAUCGGGGACGAAGGAAUCGUUUGUACUUACUGCGUUGCCGAUGSCCCCCGUCCCGAAACCAUGCAGGUCAUUAAAGAGUUGAAAGAUAUGGGCAUGAGCGUGACCAUGCUGACCGGCGACAAGCGAAGGACAGCUCUAUCGAUCGGAAAAUUGAUUGGAAUGGAAAGCGAAAACAUCAAGAGCGAACUUCUGCCGGAAGAAAAACUAGCCCGUAUUUCGGAGCUCAAAGAAGAGACGGGAGCGUCCAACCCACUUCUAGCCCUAUUCUUUGCCAAACCACGUCUGGUCUUGAUGUGUGGUGAUGGUGUCAACGAUGCCCCUAGUUUGGUGGUGGCCAAUGUUGGUGUCGCAAUGGGUGCRGGGGCUGCCCUGGCCAUGGAAACUGCCGAUGUGACCCUGAUGGAUUCACAGCUUACCAAACUGACCUAUAGCAUAAAAAUGGGCAGGCUCGUGAUCCAGAAGAUCCGAGAAAAUGUUGUCUUUUCGAUUCUCGUGAAGCUUGUUGUUCUGGGAUUGACCGUGACGAAUCACGUUGGCCUCUGGGCCGCAAUUGGAUCCGAUGUUGGGUCGAUGAUYGUGGUCACUCUCAACGGCAUGUCACUCUUGCCGAAAGAMGAGAAGAAAAUGCAUACAACAACAACAAAAAUGGAAACUCAAAUUGUUUGAUUCUGUKAUAAAAARWUUAUUCUCUAUCGAAGACRAACCAUGAAGAUUCCUAGAGUACACGAAACAGAA